CAGACGCGCAGGGAGCAAAGCGCCAAGAGCUCAGUUUUUCAGACCAUUUCCCACCUGCAGUCUGACUGGCCUGAGAGGAGCGUCCUUCACAACAUGGAGAACCUGCAGAGGAGACGACAGAAGAGGAGAUUUGGUCUGCUAGGUCCAGGCUCCAGUGACAGUCUGCUGGGUCCUAAAGACAGUCAGAAGAGCUCCUCUGCAUUACUCGACGCUAAAGAACUUCUGAAACACUUCACAUCUGAUGGCCUUCCUACUGCCGAGCUGCAGCCUCUGGUCAUCAACAGAGGUAUUAAUGCAUUUCAGAUGUCACCAGACCUUUCUCCUGGAAGAAUCAGCCAGAUGCCCUUCAACCAAGUCUCAGUAUCACAUUACCAUGGCAUAGAGUACUGCCUAGACAACCAGCGGUCCUUAGACCGAGAUCAGGGCUUUGUUAAACUCCAGUCCCGUCUGAUUCGGUACGAGACCCAGACCACGUGCUCCAAGGAGCCCUGUGCCCUCCCCUUCACCCUCAGCCCCGCCCCCUCCCCUGCUGUCAUGUCAGAACCAGGAAGUGUACCGGAUGGAGAAACUCUGCAGAACGCUGAUGUAGCGCGACUUAAGCGCAGUUCGUGGGACACGGACAUUAUCGGAGGUUAUCCUCGAAAGAGGCUGGUGAAGUCGGAGAGCAGCGAAUCCCUCUGUUCUCAGAGCAGUGGCAGCAGUGGGACACACCCGGUCAUCAGGUCUCUACGACAACAACCCAGCAGAUCCAAGUCCACAUCCUCAGGUUUGGUGACUCUUCCCUCUGCUGACAAACCUAAACCUGAGCAGCUGAAGACACAUCAUGAACAAGCAGAGGACAACUCUUCCAAAGAGUCACGCUCCCAGAAACACAACAGGAUGCUGCAGGAGGUAGUGGCUAGAACAAUCAAACACCAUGGGAUCGCUGCAGAGCAUGAGUGCUUUGUGGCCUGCAGCAAAAGGCUGUUUGAUAUCUCCAAAUUCUAUCUCAAGGAUCUGAAGACAUCUCGGGGUCUCCAUGACGAGAUGAAGAAGGCAGCCGGUAGUAAUGUUAAACAGGUCGUUGACUGGGUGUUGGAGAAGACCUCAAAGAAGUGAAGGUGGUGUCGAAGAAUAAUUGGCGAAAAACAUAUUUAUUUUUGUUUUAUAACAAGGGUUUCACCUUUUUAAAACAACCUGCACCUGUUGUCAAAUUUUUAGUUUUUAAGCCUUUUCGAUUAGAUUUAUAUUGUAACGUUAAGCCUAUUUUAAUGAACUCAAUCCUUUAUUUAAUUGUAUUGUGUCACUACGAGUGACAUAUAUUUUGUAAUUGUUGUUGUCUGUGGAUAUCUAUUCUGAUAUACUCCAACAGCAUAAGGUUGUCUUUUCUAUGAAGCAAUUUUCAAACAAGAUUUUAGAUAAUUUUCCCACUUGUUUGUUUCUAAAUACUCUAAUAUUUUAUCGCUUUAUAAAUGUACAUAUAUUAUCUUUUAACUUUCUGUUACAUAAUAAAAUAUAUGUUUUUCUUA